CUUGGUGACAGACCUAAAAGCCUUUUGUUGCAAUCUUAGCCAAUGGAGACGGAUUACGACACCGGGCAGCAGAGAUAUAUAAAGAGCCCCCUUUUUGACCGCACUUGCACAUUUUUCAGUGACACAUCUGAACAUAUACACACCUCCAUGGACUAAAUUGUACAGAAGACGCCAAAAGAGCCAUUGCACUACACGUGAGCGGGCUAUGCAUUCACCAGACACGUAAUUUGUUCACUUUCAAUCCAAACAGCCUGUACCGAGACGCACUGGAACGUACUUUUUUGGGGAAAAAUUGAGUGCAAGAUCUCCCCCUGCCAAAAAACAGCAACUUCGGGGUGAUCGUAUUGGAUUAGAUGCAUGUCACUGAUUGCCUGCCUCUUGUAGGGUAAGGAAAGGAGAAGCGCACAUCGGACAGAGGGGAUAUAACGGGAUAUAGCUGACUGAGUGAACAGACAAGAAACAAAAAGAGAAAAAGUUGCAUUGCCUGGUGUCCGCGCAUCGUCAUGCAGAGGUACAACUUCUUACUGUGCUUAAUGGUGCUCAUCUCCCUAGGACAGUCGGGAAGCGAUGAGCCCAAUCUGCUGCUGCCUUCUGGCAGCGAGACGCCCACGGAUGCCGGGCUGUCCCUGCUGGACGAGGACGCUGGUUCCCACGAGUGCUCCGCCUGUGUUUGGAGGGAGCAGAGCAAAGUGCUGAGACUUGAGACCAUCAAGUCCCAGAUCCUGAGCAAGCUGCGCCUGAAGCAGGCGCCCAACAUCAGCCGGGAGGUGGUCAAUCAGCUGCUGCCCAAGGCGCCUCCGCUCCAGCAGCUGCUGGACCAUCACGACUUCCAGGGAGACGCGUCGUCCCAGGAUGAGUUCAUGGAGGAGGAUGAGUAUCACGCCACCACGGAGUCCGUGAUCACCAUGGCCUCUGAGCCGGAGCCCCUGGUGCAGGUGAACGGGAAGCCGAGCUGCUGCUUCUUCAAGUUCAGUCCCAAACUGAUGUUCACCAAGGUGCUGAAGGCCCAGCUGUGGGUGUACCUGCGGCCGCUGCAGCAGACCUCCACCGUCUACCUGCAGAUCCUCCGGCUGAAGCCCAUCACGGAGCAGGGCAGCCGCCACAUCCGCAUCCGCUCCCUGAAGAUCGAGCUCAACUCCAGGGUCGGCCACUGGCAAAGUAUUGACUUUAAGCAUGUGCUGCAGAACUGGUUCAAACAGCCCCACACCAACUGGGGAAUCGACAUCAACGCCUUUGACGAGAGCGGCAAUGAUCUGGCGGUGACUUCGCUGCGACCCGGGGAGGAGGGGCUGCAGCCGUUCCUGGAAGUGAAAGUUCUUGAGACAACCAAACGCUCCCGGAGAAACCUCGGCCUGGACUGCGAUGAGCAUUCCACUGAGUCUCGCUGCUGUCGCUACCCUCUGACUGUGGAUUUUGAAGCGUUCGGCUGGGACUGGAUCAUUGCCCCCAAACGUUACAAAGCCAACUAUUGCUCUGGCCAGUGCGAGUACAUGUUUAUGCAGAAAUAUCCGCACACCCACCUAGUGCAGCACGCCAACCCCAGAGGCUCUGCAGGGCCCUGCUGUACCCCAACCAAGAUGUCUCCCAUUAACAUGCUCUACUUCAAUGACAAGCAGCAGAUCAUUCACGGCAAAAUCCCAGGGAUGGUGGUGGAUAGAUGCGGCUGCUCUUAGGCUGCAGGGGGGGGGGACGCACACCUGCGUACAGUCACCAUUGCAUCAAACCACCCAAAACCCUUACUGAGCUCUCACUUGGCACCAGAACCCACUCCUCAGCGUCCAAUUUCACUUAUGCCACAAAAUCAUACCAUUCGGUUUCCAUGCUUCCAGAAAUUAAAUUGAUUCUAACUGUAAAAAAAAGCUAUUAAUGAAACAUGAAUCAAAAAAAAGGACUGAGUGAUGGAAACACAGCUUAUUAUGAAUAAUUAAAGAGGUUGUCCUUGUGGAGCAGCUUCAGAAAACGGUAAAUGAGACAAAACUAUGUUAAAACUAUGUUAAAACAUGCUAGUUUUGUGGGUUUUUAAAGUUUUUUUUUGAUAAAUGGCAUCUCUGUUCAAUGUCCAGGUUAGCAGAUUGAGAAGACGGGAGACGUAAGCAUUUACAAUAAUUUUAGAGCAAUUUCAGUUAUAAGAUUGAGUUUGGAAAUAUACAAAUACGCUUAACUUACGGGUGAGAUUUGAUCCACAAAAGUGUAUGCACGGGGGCAUUAUCAGAAUCACUUUGUAAUCCAUCACUUUAACACAAAUAACUAAACACACGCUAAUGUGAGGAGGAUUUACCAUUAGAAAUGCUCUUUGUAUACAUCCAAAAUCCUGUUUACAGAUGCUUAGAGAUGUGUUCUAUAGAUGUAAAGUGUUGAGGAGAUCCAAAACCAAACCUAUACCCUCUAUUAAUGUAUAACACCCCAGUGUGACAUUCUUGAGUAUCUAUGAAACCUUUCAAAGGUACUUUGAUCUUUUUUAUGUGUAGUCUUGUAAAAUUCAGAAAGGAACAGGGAGAGUAGAGGUUAUACUAUUUUCACUCUGUCUUUCAAAGCGGAUAAAUGAAGCCACUAUAGCUAUUUCUGCCACAAACACAGAUAAGACAUAUUUAGGUCUCACCAUGACACUAAAGUCUAAAACCAAGUACUGUAAUGUAGAUGCACUCUGAAGGUAUUUUGCACCACCCAGGAGAGGAGGAGGAGGAGGAGGAGGAGGAGCAGAAUACUGCAGGAUGACAAGAAUACCAGGACAGGACAUUGCAUUCAAUGUUUAAAACAGAGAAGUAAAUGCACUGUUUCAUAACUUGAAGACGCCUGGAAUUGAGCAUAUAAUAAUGGAUAGGAAGCAACGUCCCUACCCUGAAAUAAAACACUCAAGGGUGUCGCAAUGCUCAAAUCUUCACCCCUUUUUAGAUGAAAAUAGCACCAAACAGGCCCACCGUAAUAUCCAUUCUUACAGCAGUGUUAGAAAUACUCUGCAAUUUAGAAAGAGCUUCAUUACUCACAAAGUUCAUUCACUUUUUCUCAAUGCUAGUUUUAAAACAAAAGAACAUAAAAAAUACUUCAAUUGCUGUGCUGUACUCAGAAGUGAUAGUUUUUAUCAACCACAACAAACCACACAACCCCCCCCCCCCCCCC